AUUUUGACUCAGUGUAGUUCGGUGGGGGGGGGGAAAGAGAGAGAGGAGGGAAGGUCGCCGGAGAGCCCAAACUCAGGUAUGGCGUUCACGUUGAGGGCCGUGAAGGUGCCGCCGAACUCGGCGAGCCUGGAGGAGGCGAGGCACCGGGUGUUCGAUUUCUUCAGGGCCGCCUGCCGAUCCAUCCCCACCGUCAUGGACAUCUACAACCUCGACGACGUCGUCACCAAGUCCCACCUCCGCUCCGCCAUCUCCGCCGAGAUCCGCAAGAACUCUCACGUCACCAACCCUAAGGUGAUUGACAUGCUUCUCUUCAAGGGGAUGGAAGAACUCAAUAACAUUACAGAGCAUGCCAAGCAGAGGCACCACAUCAUUGGCCAGUAUGUGGUGGGAAAUCUAGGGCUUGUGCAGGAUACAGGCACAAAGGAGAAGGGCAUGUCUGAUUUCCUGAAAAGUUUUUAUAAAAGCAACUACUUCUGAGCUUUCAUCAUGGGUAUGUCUCGCUAAAGAUUGUGAUUUCAGGUGCAAACUUCUGGAAUAAAAUUUGUACUUGCAAUUGCUCUUCUACCUUGGGGGUAGUCACCCUUUUCAGUUGAAAACUCGUUAGACUUCAUGUGUACUAUAUUCUUUCGGUUCUAUUUUUUAGUCAGUCAAUUGAAUAUGUGAAUUA